GCGCUCGACCUCUCCUCCUCCUCCCCUCGUCCUGCAGUCCAAGCACCCCCACCUGUCCACACCAAGCCGCCACGAUCUCUCUCUCCCGCUUCCCCCGGCCCGUUUAUAGCAGCGGCCGGACAGGUUGCCGCGCCUCCUGAAUCCUCUCGCACUCGCUCGCUCUCAGCUGUCCGUUCCUUCCUCUCCGCGCGAGCACCGAGACCCGGACUAGCUCCACCGGCCGCCCAUAAUGGGGAACAAGCCGCCGCCGGAGCUCUACUACGAGAUCCUUCACGUCGCCAGGGACGCCUCCCCGCAGGGGGUCCGGGCGGCGUACCGGAGCCUGGCCCGCCAGUGGCACCCCGACAAGCACCCGCCGGCGUCCAGGCCCGAGGCCGAGGCGCGUUUCAAGGCCAUCACCGAGGCCUACGAGGCGCUGCUGGACAAGCAGGAGAACAGCAGGGCGGUGCUCGCCGCCGCGCGCGACGGCGGCGGCGGGGGAACGACUAGGCCUCCCGCCGGGAAGGACCGCGGCGGCGGCGGCGAGAACGUCGUCGCCACGCCGGUGGCGAGAGCGGCGCGGAGCGAGAAGCCCUGCCCCGGCGCCGUCGUCGCGCCCCGCGCCCCGGCGCGGGAGGCGGAGCCGGCCAGGCAGAAGGUGUACAGCGCCUGCAGCAGCGGCGGCGGCGGCGGCCGGCGCGCGUUCGCCGAGUUCUCCAGCUACGUCGUGCGCAAGGCGCCGCCGCUGGAGCGCAGGGUCGAGUGCACCCUCGAGGAGCUCUGCAGCGGGUGCAGCAAGGAGGUCAGGUACACCCGCGACGUCGUCACCAAGAACGGGCUGAUCACCAAGAAGGAGGUGACGCAGACCAUCCGGGUGAGCCCCGGGAUGAGGAAAGGCUCGACGGUGACGGUGGAGGGCGCCGGCGACGAGCGGCCGGGCUGCCUGACGGGCGACGCCGUGUUCGUCGUGUCGGAGAGGAAGCACAAGCGGUUCAAGCGGCUCGGCGAUGACCUGGUGCUCCGGGCGCGGGUGCCGCUGGUGAGCGCGCUCACCGGGUGGCAGCUCUCGUUCCGGCUGCUCUGCGGCGACAAGUUCCGGUGCACGUUCCGGGACGAGGUCAUCUGCCCCGGGUACGUCAAGGUCGUCAAGGGCCGGGGAAUGCCCGUCGCCGGCGGGGAGAAGGGCGCGCGCGGGGACCUCAUGGUGAAGUUCGAGGUCGUGUUCCCCGAGAACCUCACCGACGAGCAGCGGAAGGGGCUCGCCGAGAUCCUGAGAGGCUGCGCCUGAAGUUUGCCGGGCACCUGACGAUGGUGUGUUCUGUACGUGGCGACUUCUUGUCGUUGUAAAAUUUUGUUACACUUGUGUUAUAAUAGAUACUACUGUACUCAGAAAGGACUCUAGAGCACGUAAAGAUCGAUGUCCUUGUACAUAUGUCCUUUUAGUUUUUUCUUUUGUCCCAA